AUGAAUAAUAAUCAUCAUAUUGACAACCAAAUUAACCAAAUUAACGAUUAUGCUUAUCCUUCUGAUACUAUUACCCCUAAUGAAAGUUCAGUUAAUCCUAUGAACAUUUCCCACCAUAAUUAUCCUAUCAACAAUAAUAACAUUGCCGGUUAUAAUUCAAUCAAUAAUAUAAACAACACACGUCAAAAUCCCACUAAUCAUGACUUGGCUAGUCAUUUGGGUGCUAUCAAUAAUAGUUUUGUUGGUCACAAUACUCUUCAUAACACUGUUGACAAUUCAAUCAAUAAUAUGAACAAUGCUCGUCAAAAUCCAACCAGCAAUAAUAAUUUGGCUAACCAUUUUGACAUUAUCAAUAAUCGUUUUGUUGGUUAUAAUAAUAAUACUCUUCAUAACACUGUUGACAAUAAUUUCUAUGAACAGAAUUCAGUCAAUAAUAAUAACAAUUUGAAUGCACAAACUAAUAAUUAUACAAGAGAUCAGCUAAUUUUUAUAGCAAUUCAGCUUCAGAGAAUUAUAAAAAUCUGA